AUGCGUGGGAUAGCUCAAUCCACUCGAGCCUUAACUAAUGCUAUGGAAAAAUUUGCUGAGGCUCAAGCUGCUGCUCUUAAUACUCCUAUUACUCCUAAUGCUGGCAAUGUUAGUUCAAAAACUGCUGUGAUAGCUAAGGCAAUUGACCAGAAGAAACCUUCUUCUUUUGAUGGAAAGGGUGACCCUACUAAGAUGGAAAACUGGAUUAGAGAAUUUGACAAAAUUUUUACCACUCUCCAAGUCCCGAAUGAGAUGAGGGUUGAUGCUGCUGCCUAUUAUCUGGUUGAGGAUGCUGAUAUUUGGUGGACUCAUAACAAGUUUGAUCUGACUACUAAGGUGACUGUGGAUGAGGAAGGAGAAGAGCUCAUGGAAGAGAGAGAGUUUGGUUGGACUGAGUUCAAGAAGGCGAUCCGUGAUGAGUUCUUUCCAUCCCAUAUGAGGAAGAGGAAGAGGACGGAGUUUAAUGAUCUCGUGCAGGGAGAUAUGUCAGUUCAUGAGUUCUAUGUGAAAUUCCAGGAGUUGGCUCGUUUCGCUAAGGGGUUAGUUCCUGAUGAGCAGGAGAGAGCUGUGAAAUUCGAGGAGAAGUUAGACCCCGAUCUUCAUUCUAGGAUGGGAGCUGGUGAGUAUGCCACAGUGAAGGAGGUGUACACUCGUGCUUGUAAUGCUGAGAGGAUUGAGGAAAAGAGACUAGCUGCAAAGAAGUUGAAAUCCACUCCAGCAGGGUCUACUCAGGCGACAGAAAAGGUUGAUACAUCUGGUUCCGCUGGUUACAACAAAGGUAGAGGGGGUUUCAAUAAAAAUCGAAACUUUGGGAACCGUGAUUCUGGGGGUAACUAUAACAAGGGAGGUUCCAGUCAGCAGUAUUCAAAGGACAAUCAGAACUCCACUUCUUCCCGUAGCCAGCCCCAAGGUCAGAUUCAGAGGACUGAUCGGAUUUUCUAUUGCAAACGUUGUAGUGAGAACCACCCUGACAAGGAUUGUGAUGGUAAUUUGGUGGAGUGUAAUCACUGUGGGAGGAAAGGGCAUCGUGCUUAUGAAUGUUUUAGUAACCCUAGAUCGAGGAAUUUCAAGCCUGAGAUGAGUUCGAGGAAUGGGGCACAAGCAGAUAAGAGACCACAGAAUGGUAACAACAGUCGCCCUGCUCUUUCUACACCAGGGAAUGCUGCACCUAAUCGCAAUGGAGGGACUGCAAAUGCUACUCAGGGGCAUAGAGUUGAUGUGAGGAGGAACACUGGACAGGUUCAUGUGAUGAACCAGACUGAGGCAAACACCAAUGGCAACGUGGUCACUGAUACUUUUUCUAUUCAUUCGAUGUCCGUUUAUGUGCUAUUUGAUUCUGGUGCUUCUCAUUCUUUUGUGUCUGAACCUCUUGUGAAAAAGUUAGGGUUAGAGAACUCUAAGACUUGUGAUGUAGACAUCUCUAUUCCUUCUGGCGUGAUCAUAACUUGUAAUAAUUUGUAUCCAGAUGUCCCUAUUAUGUGUGGUAGUACCACCCUAGUAGCUAAUUUGAUAGCUUUUCCUUUGCAUGAUUUUGAUGUAAUUCUAGGGAUGGAUUGGCUUAGUAGGCAUAAAGCCAAGAUAGAUUGUGAGAAACAAAAGGUGUCUGUAGUUGGUCCUAGUGGAGUCCAUGAGUUUUAUAGAGGGUCUUCUUUGAAAAUCAUUUCUGCUUUGACUUUAAAAUCCUAUUUGAGGAAGGGUUGUCCUAUGUACUUGUGCCAUGUCCACGACACUAGUAAGGAAGAGCCACGUAUUGAAGAUGUUCGUAUUGCUAAUGAGUUUGUAGAUGUUUUUCCUGAUGACAUUCCUGGCAUGCCUCCGAGACGUGAUGUUGAGUUCAGUGUUGACUUGAUGCCUGGAACUGGACCUAUUUCUAAGCCUCCUUAUAGAAUGGCGCCUGCUGAAAUGAAAGAACUUAAGGCUCAAUUGGAAGAGUUGCUUGAUAAGGGCUACAUUCGGCCUAGUGUAUCCCCAUGGGGUGCACCUGUUUUGUUUGUGAAGAAGAAGGAUGGGAGUCUUCGUUUGUGUAUUGAUUACAGAGAGCUCAACAACGUUAUUGUGAAAAACAAGUACCCCUUGCCAAGAAUAGAUGAUUUGUUUGACCAGUUGGUGGGAGCUGGAGUUUUCUCGAAGAUUGAUAUGAGAUCUGGAUACCAUCAACUUCGUAUUGCAGAGAAUGAUAUUCCUAAGACAGCUUUCAGAACUCGCUAUGGGCACUAUGAGUUUACUAUUAUGCCCUUUGGGUUGACUAAUGCUCCAGUAGUGUUCAUGGACUUGAUGAAUCGAGUCUUCAGGCCGUACCUGGAUAAGUUUGUGGUGGUGUUCAUAGAUGAUAUACUGAUUUAUUCAAAGGAUGUUAGUGAGCAUGAAGAGCAUCUUCGCACUGUUUUGCAGGUAUUGAAAGAGAAUAGGUUGUAUGCUAAGUUCUCCAAGUGCGAAUUCUGA